CCCGCCUUCUCAUGACGUAUGACAUUUGGUGACAUCAUCACAGGUCCUUUCCCUAUCCUGGAGAUACCAUUGCAGGUCGGAGCGGGUCCUGCUGGGUGGUCGGUGCUGUUGUCUCUUGUUCUCUCUGUUAUCAGCCGCAGAUCCCCCAGUAAUAAGGGACAAGAUCCCUCCAGCUGAUCCCGUCCUCUCUCCCGCUGCCCCCAGGAUGUCCCCGGACAGGACUGAUGUGACUACAGGACUAUUACACAUCACCCUGGAGAUCAUCCGCCUGCUGACCGGAGAGGAUUACACAGUAGUGAAGAAAACAUCGGGGGAGUCCGGAGGAUGUGAUACAGACCCUCCACCUCACUCCAUAAUACAUGAGAAGAACAACAAGAAGAUCCUAGAACUCACCAACAAGAUGGUGGAACUGCUGACUGGAGAGGUUCCUAUAAGGUGUCAGGAUGUGGCGGUCUAUUUCUCCAUGGAGGAGGCGGAGUAUGUAGAAGGACACAAGGAUCAGUACAAGGACAUCAUUAUGGAGGAUCAGCCGCCUCUGACAUCACAAGAUAAAGGGAAUUUGGCAACGAAAAAGCGAAAGCGAAAUCCCGAAAACGACGCCAAAUAUCACAUAAUCACAAAUACAGACAAAGAAGGGUUAACUGCCAAACACAUCAAUCCCUAUAAAGGGAGGGGAGUGUUCGCGUUAACGCCGAUGGAAAAAGGGGAUUUUGUGGUGGAAUUCCGAGGAGAACUCAUCGAUGUGGCCGAGAGCCAGAGGCGGCAGCGGAUUUACCACGAGGCCCAGAAGGUUUAUAUGUAUGAAUUUCAGUCGGGGGGAAAACUCUGGUGCAUUGACGCGGUGCGAGAAGACGCCUCUCUGGGGAGACUGGUGAACGACGAGCACAGGAACCCCAACUGCAAGAUCAAGAGGAUCAUGGUGGACGGGCGGCCGCACCUCUGCCUGUUCGCCAUCAGAGACAUCAACCCUGGAGAAGAAAUCACUUAUAACUACGGGGGGAGUUGGCCGUGGAGAGACAAGGUGGCGGAAGAAGCGGCGCCGGCUGCUGUAUGCUGCAAAGAGGAAAAGAUGGACGGGAGCUAUAGAGCAGAUCUACCGCAGCCGACCCCUAAUACAGAGAGACCACCCUCUACAAUACACAAUACACAGGUGGAUAAAGCAGCGGCGCCGGCUGCUGUAUGCUGCAAAGUGGAAGAGGUGGACGUGAGCUAUAGAGCAGAUCUACCGCAGCCGACCCCUAAUACAGAGAGACCACCCUCUACAAUACACAAUACACAGGCUCAGACGGAUGAGGAAUAUUUAUUGGCGACCAGCGAGAUCUUUCCGAACAUUAUCGAUAGUUCGGAUGAGGACUGCGCAUCCUCACAGGGGGAAACAAGUUCUGAUGAAUCCGAGGAAGAAGGAAAACCUGCGAAAAAGGACGAUGCGGUUUUGUAUGAACUUCGGGCCAGGCUGCGCAAAAUCGCCCAAGAUUCUGGAGAACUGGAAGUAAAAUGUUUCCAGCACGACCCAGAAUGGCCGACGCUAGAUGACGUCCCGCCCUCUAGUAACUACAAUCACCCCCGUAUCGGGAACGUCUCCUGGUGCAAAUGUGGACAUUGCCGUCCUAUGGAGACUCGGGACGAGAGCGUGUGCUGCCGCGAGGAGGAGGCGCUCGGCAUCUACUUCAACACCGGAUUGGGCUGCAUCACCCAACACCGCGAACUCACCGAAUGGAGACUCCAGGAGAAGAUUCUGGAGAUGAACGCCGUGUUCAGCGGGAAAGUCAAGGCCAAGGAAUUAAUCACGCGGCGAAAUCAAGUAAUCCGGAAGGCGGGGUACAGAUCCUUCUCGGUAUUCGCGCACGGCGUCCUUGGACCGAAGCAUCGGAAGCCGAUCCCUUCGUGUGUGGUGAAUCUGAUCCGCAGCCGAUAUCCCGACUCCGAGAGGAGACGUCACUGGAGCGAGGACUGCGACGCCUCAUACAUGGCGCUGGAAGUCUAAAAUGGUUUCCUAUUCUUCACGAUUUGGGUUUAGUUUUAGGGUUUUUUUUUAUUCGGUAGUUUUUUUUUUUUUUUUUUUUAACCCCAUAAAGGGGUACUCCGGUGGAAAACUUUAUUUUAUUUUUUUUAUUAAAU